AUGGCUACUUCUCGCCAAGCUGUAUUUGCGCUUCUGACUAGUCUUGUUGCUGUGCCUGCAGUCGCGCAGAAUGCCAGCAGCGACAGCAUUCUUCGUCUUGUAGAUCCAUUGAUCGGGACGACGAACGGCGGCCAUGUCUUCCCUGGAGCAACACUACCCUUCGGUAUGGCGAAGGCUGGCGCCGAUGUCAAUGUCGAGAACCAGGGAGGCUUUAGUACUGGAGAUGUGACGGGAAACAUAACUGGCUUUAGCCAUAUGCACGACUCGGGCACUGGAGGAUCGCCUUCACUUGGCAACUUCCCGCUGUUCCCACAAGCUGGCUGCCGGAACGACGACAUCAAUGGCUGCGUGUUUCCCAUACAGGAUCGAGCAGUGCCCAGGAUCAACGGCACAGCCGAAGCACAUCCUGGGUACUUUGCAGUCACAAUGGACACCAACAUCCGCACCGAGAUGACAGUAACGAACCACACAGCGCUGUAUCGCUUCAACUUCCCGGCGACACCUACUGCGGAGAACUCCACUCUGAAACCGCUGAUAUUGGCUGACCUGAUCGAUCUUCCUCUGUCGAGGACCAAUGGCUCGGUAGUAGUAGACGACAAGACUGGCCGCAUUUCUGGUAGUGGUGUCUUCUCGCCCAGCUUUGGCAUAGGCUCCUACACCCUUCACUUCUGCGCGGACUUCACAGGCGCCGAGAUUUGCGACACUGGAGUCUUCAUGAACAAUCGCGCAGGGACUGAGCCGAAGAACCUUACUGUGGUCAACGAUGGCAUCGACAACAGUCCAGACAUCCUGCCAGCAGGCGCCUGGGUCCAGUUCAAUGCACCACACACUGACAACCAAAUUCUUGCGCGUGUUGGUGUCAGCUUCAUCAGCUCAAACCAGGCAUGCAGUAAUGCAGAGAAGGAGAUUCCAGACUUCGACUUUGAAGCAACCAGAUCCACCGCUGAGCAAGCAUGGGAAGAUACCUUGGGUGUGAUAGAAGUCGUACCAGGCGGCGUCAAUGAGAGUCUCCAAACUACCUUUUGGUCGGGCGUUUACCGAGCAGGUAUUUCGCCGCAGGACUACACCGGCGAGAACCCACUCUGGGAGAGCACUGAGCCUUACUACGACAGCUACUACUGCAUAUGGGACAGCUUCCGAAGCAUCCACAGUCUGAUCACUAUCCUCGACCCUUACUCUCAGAUUCAGAUGAUCCGCAGCUUGAUCGAGAUCUACCGACAGGAAGGCUGGCUCCCUGACUGCCGCAUGUCGCUGUGCAAAGGCUUCACGCAAGGCGGCAGCAAUGCGGAUGUGGUGCUUGCGGACACUUAUGUCAAGUUCGGCAAGCUUGCGACCGAUUACGGCGUUGACUGGGAUACUGCUUACGAGGCACUGGUCAAAGACGCAGAAGAUGAACCUCUGAACUGGUCAGUCGAGGGUCGUGGUGGGUUGCAUAGUUGGAAGACCCUCAACUAUGUGCCAACUGAGGACUAUGACCCGUAUGGAGUUGGACCAUUCACCAGGAGUAUCAGCAGGACGGUCGAGUAUGCUUACGAUGACUACUGCAUCGCAGAAGUCGCGCGUGGACUGGGCAACCAAGGUGACUAUGAGAAAUACGUGACGAACUCCGACUACUGGAAGAACAUGUGGAAAGCCGAUGAGACGAGCGCCAUCAAUGGCACAGACACUGGCUUUACUGGGUUCCUUCAGUCGAAGUUUCUGAACGGGACCUGGGGCUAUCAGGAUCCAAUAUUCUGCUCGCCACUACUGAACUUCACCUCCUGCUACCUCAACCCAGACGGUCACGAAACAUACGAGGGCAGCUCAUGGCUGUAUUCCUUCUUCGUGCCACACGACAUGGCCUCGCUAAUCACUACGAUGGGUGGCCCGACAACAUUCGUCAAGCGUCUAGAUUACCUACACGAGAGCGGACUCCUCUACAUCGGUGACGAGCAAGGCUUCCUUCCAGUGUUCCAGUAUCACUACGCAGGUCGUCCAGGCAAGAGCGCAGAACGCGCACACUUCUACAUCCCCUCGCAAUUCAACGAUACGAUUGCCGGCAUCCCAGGCAACGACGAUAGCGGCGCGAUGGGCUCGUUCGUUGCUCUAACCAUGAUGGGCAUCUUUCCAAACCCUGGGCAGGACGUGUACCUCAUCACGCCUCCGUUCUUCGAGGAAGUGUCUAUCAGGAACAAGCUCACGGGCAAGAAGGCCACGAUCAAGAACAUUAACUUCGAUGCCGACUAUCAGAACAUCUACAUCCAAAGCGCCACGCUUGACGGCAAGCCGUAUACUAAGAACUGGAUCUCGCAUAGUUUCUUCCUGGAUGGUGGUGUGCUGGAGUUGACGCUGGGAAGGAACGAGAGUGCCUGGGGUACGAGAGCUGAGGAUCUGCCACCGAGUGUGUCGACGGGGCAUGAUAAUUCGGGAUAUAUGUUUUAA